UUUCAUUGGAACAUUCAAAAACAUUUUGAAUUCUUUUGAAAAAUGGCCUUAGGGAAUCAAGAAAAUGUUUCAGGAUUUAUUAUCCAAGGGUUUUCUGAUACUCCAGAGCUUGAAAUCUCUCUUUUUGUGCUAAUCCUUGGAAUCUACUUCAUCAUUCUGCUGGGAAAUCUCAUCAUAUUCUUAGUCAUUUCAUGGAGUCCUCACUUACACACUCCCAUGUACUUAUUCUUGCAGAACCUUUCAAUCAUAGACAUUUCUUCCACCUCAAAUAUUUUACCUAAUUUGCUACAUAUUCUUCUCACACAACAAAAUGACAUUUCAUUCUUGGGGUGUAUGACUCAAAUGUAUGUUUUUACAUCCUUGGCUGGCAGUGAAUACUUUCUCCUGACGGCCAUGGCAUAUGAUCGUUAUGUUGCCAUCUGUGAUCCCCUUCAUUACAUUGCCCGAAUGAGCAGGAAACAUUGUGUUUGGCUUAUAACUGCCGCAUUCACUGUUGGUUUUACUAACACUAUUGGCCAUGUUGUUCUUUUAUCGAAUCUGUCAUAUUGUGCUUCCCAUCUUAUUAACCAUUUUUUCUGUGAUAUCACACCGUUGCUAAAACUUUCCUGUAGCAGCACCUUUAGCAUGGAACUUUUCAUUUACAUUGUAGGGACAUUGCUUUUUUUAAAUUCCUUCCUUCUCAUUCUGAUCUCAUAUAUAUUUAUCAUCUCUGCUAUCUGGAAAAUCCAAUCCUCAGAGGGGCAACAAAAAGCCUUUUCUACCUGUGCUUCUCACCUGACCUGUGUGAUAACUCUUUAUGUUACAGUUAUUUGCUUGUAUAUGAGACCCACAAAAGCUUAUUCUCUGGAAAGGGACAAGUAUUUUUCACUGCUGUACAUUGUCCUGGGUCCUGUGCUAAAUCCUCUCAUUUACACACUGAAAAACAGAGAAUUUCAGUCUUCUUUAAAUAAGAUGAAAAUGAAAUUUGCGAUUUGUUAA